CCUUUUAUUGAAACAACUUUUUAACAGUCGAUCUACUUGUUGCUAGCAACCGUAGAAUAUUGAUUGCAUUAACACAAUCAUGGCGAAUCUUUUGUAUAUUAGUAACCGAGAUAGUUUACGUAACCAGGUGACACUUGUAGUUAAAGUCUAUUAGGAAAUAUUGCAAAAAUAGACUGUAAUUUAGUAUCUUUGAUUAUCGGUUGCUAGGUGCGAUGUUACCUCGACUGUGACGAAUAUGAAUACUUAAAUAACAUACGCGAAGUGACCGGGGUUAAAAAGGCUAGAUUUCAGAUUUCACAUACAGUCCGAGUGAAGAGAGUGGAAGAACACCAUCUGCAGGUUUACCUGUUACUCUGCUUGGAAGCAGUGCAAUAUGAAAAAAGACAUUUGUCUCUUGUGCACGCUACUGUUAUUCUUAGUCAAACGUGACAACUGCCAAGUCGCAAACGUCAAAAUCGUUCCAUUUGAGACAAAUGGUUUAAACACCAUCAAAGGCCGAGUGGAGAUAUUUCACAAAUCUUCUUGGGGUUCAAUAUGCGACGACGGCUUUGACAACACAAAUGCUUACGUUGUAUGCAAAUCACUCAACUAUAAAUCUGGGAAAGUUCUUCCUGCUGAAAGUUACGAAGUCGGCAAAGGUAAUAUCUGGAUGGAUGAUGUCCGAUGUGUUGGGAACGAAAAGACUAUUUUGGAUUGUCAAUACAGUCCCCUUGGUACCCACGAUUGCACUCAUAAACAAGAUGUAAUGAUAAGCUGCACAUCCGCAGUUGACAACCAAGUAACAGUUUGUCAGAAUUCUUCCAAUUUGAUACGUUUAAAUGGUGUUACUGAAGGUGCUGGUUUGGUUGAAGUAUUCCUUAAUGGAAGUUGGACAUCAAUAUGUGAUGACUACUGGGAUUUAAAUGAUGCCAAAGUUGUCUGUAGACAACUCUGUUAUGACGAGAAAUAUGCUCUUCCAAGCAUCAAUACUCAGUACCAACCUCCUCCAAGAUACCCAAUAGAAAUUACUCAAUUAAACUGCCAGGGAACUGAAUCUAAAAUCACUGAUUGUCCAUUUACUGCCAAUAACAAUGCAAAUUGUUCACUAUCUGAAGCAUCAGCUGUUUCCUGUAUUCAACAACCCAACAUUGUUCCUGAAGAACCAAAAACCAGUAUUAUAUGCUCACAUUCUGAUAUGACAGCCAUAAUAUUUAAAAACAGUAACUCUACAAUAACACCUGGAACUUUAUCAUUUUCCAAAGCAUGCACUUAUAAGCAGACAUCUAAUGACACAGCUAUUGCAAUAAAGAUUGCACUUGGUGACUGUGGAUCAGCAAGCAGUGUGAUAAACAGUACACAUCUCCUCUUCAGCAUGACAAUUUUCCACAAACCUGUCACAAAAGAUAUCAUUGUGCGAAGCAAUACCAUUAGGAUGACUUUUCAAUGUGCUUAUAAACGUAAGGAUGACAUUAUCCAAAAUCCUUGGGUAGUACAGACUGUUGCAGUAACUGAACGUUCUGCUGGAUCAUUCCUUUUCAGACUUGAGUUCUAUAAAGAGAAUACCUUCACUAAUGUAGUCACCAACUUUCCUAUGAAAGUCACUCUGACAACAUGGUUGAAUGUUGCAAUUACUUUAGUAACAAGCAAUUUAAAAUUGAAAUUAAUAGUACCAGCAUGUUGGGUAACAACAUCUCAGGACAAAAACAGCAACCCAAGAUAUCAACUUUUUGAGAACAAGUGUACAUUAGACAGAACCGUAUCAUUUACACCAGUGAGUCAGUCUAUGUUUGGUUUUAGAUUCCAAACUUUCCGUUUCUUCAAUAAUUAUGACCCACUUUAUCUUCACUGCUCUGUCUUUGUUUGUCACACAGACAUAAAGAAUGCAGAAUGUGACAGAACUUGUAGUCUAAAUAAAAGGAACAAACGAGAAGCAAGUCAAUUUGAAGAUGGCUCUCCUUAUAAAGAAGAAGUAGUAAGCAAUGCUUUCAUUUUAUCAGAAAGCCAAAAUGAUACUGAAGACAUUUCCAAUGUAAUUACUUCAACAGUUUCUAGUUCUAAAGAACAAUCUACAUAUUUAAAUCAACAAAAAGUAAAUCCCAGUUCUGUAUUAACAAAAUAUACCACAUCCCAAAUUUUAACAAAAUCCAUUCCAAGACAAACUACGGAAGCACCCGAAAACUUUUCAACCCCAACGAACCUUCACAAUGAAAUUCUGGUUAAUACACGCAAAAAACAGCUUGUUACUAGUAAAACAGCAUCACCAGUUACUUUAAGCACAUUACAACUAAAUAAUGGUGAAAUUAAAAAAACUCUUGCAAAUAAUUCUUUGUUGACCAAGAAUAAUCCAAGAACAUCCAAGUUUACUUCUUCAUGUGGCUCAGGUGUUUCAAACGUGAUAUUCUUCACAUUCUUAAUUACAUUUUUAAGCCAGACACUGUGAAAAGGCUACCAGAUUUAAACCGAGAAAACUCAGCAAGGCAUCUUCAAAUAAAUUUACAGAUGUACAAUUUUAUAUCAAGCACAUACAUAUAUUAUUGCUUCUCUGAAGUGUAUUCAAUUGAUGAAGUAGGUUGAUAUUUAAUUGUAAAUACACACAGCAGAUAAACAAUGACUCAACAACUAGCCAACUUAAUAUACAACAGCUUAAAAAUGACUACACAAGUUUUAUCCUUGGAUUUCUACUCCAUAAUCAAGCUACCUUAACUAGAGAUUUAAAAGUAAAGAUAUUACUUAAAUAUUAAUUAUGCAAUAUACUUUAAGUAAAUUCACAUGUAAGAGAUUGAAGCCAAUAUGAUGCUAAGAAGAAAAAAAAAAAAACAUGAAAAGAAGAAAAUAAUGGAGGAUCAACGUUAAUCAACAAUGUGGAUUCAGUUUGUCCAACUGAAUUACCUGCUCCUGGAUUAAUAAGUGCCUCACCAAUCCAUAAGCAUACAAAAUGCUUUAUCCCCUUCCCCAAAGAGAUAUCUAAAAUAGAAUCAUCCAGAGACCUAUCUGCAAAGUUGGACCUGACAAACUUUUAUGCACUAAAAACUUUUUUCCUUGAAUAUGCACUACUAAAACUGAUUACAACCACACAGGCUCCGCUAAACGAAACACUUGAGCAGAAUCAGUAUGACAAGGCUGUACAUUUGAAUUAUAAGUACAAACUGUUUGAUAGGCUUCUUUCAGUUUCUUAUUUCUUUACUGCCCACAAGGGGCUACACAAAGAAGGGACAAACAAGGACAGACAAAUGAAUUAAGUCAAUUAUAUCGACUCCAGUGCGUAACUGGUACUUAU